GACGUUUUGGAACAAUAAGUACAAUCUGGGGCGGCUCUACCUCGCAAUUCGGAGGAGUUAGAACAUCUGCUACAAACUUCCUGGUGUCAGAUACCACAAAACAUCUUUGGAGCUCUUGUAGCGUCCAUGCCUUGAAAGGACAUUCUGGAUGUCUCUCAGAAGAAGAAAAGAAUGGAGUUCUUUUCCUACACAACAAGUUACGAGGUGCAGUCAGCCCCAGAGCUACCAACAUGCUGGCUAUGAGCUGGAAUGCCACCUUGGAGGAUAUUGCAACUGAGUAUGCAAAGAAAUGCAUCUGGGAACAUAGUGAGGAGUCUAAAUAUUUAGGAGAGAACCUAUAUAUGACAAGUGGGAGUCUUAAUGUGACUCGAGCGGUAAAGAGUUGGUUUGAUGAGUACGUGGACUAUAACUUUGAAAAAAUGGAAUGCACGCCUAACAAAAUGUGUGGACACUAUACUCAGGUGGUCUGGGCUGAGAGCUCGCAGGUUGGGUGUGGGGCUUUCUUCUGUGAGUCUGUUGCUGGCAUGAACAAGCCAAAGCUCUCCAUACUGGUCUGCAACUAUUACCCACAGGGCAACUAUAUAGGAGAAUCUCCAUACAUCCCUGGCUCUUCCUGUUCUGCCUGUCCGGCAGGCCAAACUUGUCAGGAUGCACUGUGUGUGAUUCCGGGUGUUUCUGAACCAACUACAUCAUUCCAAACCUUUAUGAGUACCACUCAGUACCCUGAAGUGUACCAAGAUUCAACCAGCACAGGAAGCACCACGGAGCCCCUUGAAUAUUAUGAGGAGCCCACAGUUUCAACAGACUCAAGCAGCACCUCUCAGUACUUUGAGAGCAUCACUGAACUGCCUGAGGAGCCCACAGACUCAAAGAACACAGUCAGUCCCAUUACAGUGUCCAUGGAGCCCACAUACACAAGUACGGACACCAACAUGCCAUCGUUCGAUCAAAUGUUCACUAAUGUGAACAACAACCUCACCAAUCUAGAUAAGGAACAGCUGACAGUCCAAAAAGAUUGCGCAGCUAUGAGUGUUCCAUGUUGUUUAGUGAUACUCAUCCAACUUUUUGUCCUAAUGAUGCAUUAAAUGUGAACCCCUAUCGCCUGCCAAUGAACUCCUUUGGGUGUGGCAGAGAACAGAGAAGACAGCUAUCCUCCUUGUGACAUAUGUGACUUUCAAACUGUGGAAUGAGGAUGAAUGGAUUGUUAAGAGCCAGUCCAAAGCUGGCAGAGGAACUAAUGUUUUAGACGAAGAGUCAGUAGCUCACUGACUGACUAACUAGUAUGUAAAUGUCUCCAGAAUCUGGCUUACUAAGAAGUUGUGAAAUCCUGGUGGAAAUCAUUUGGCCAUCACAGCGGCUUGCUUAGCCUUAAAUGGCCCUCACAGAGUGCCUGCAUCUUUGUAAAACAUAGAGUAUUUAUCAGUGAUCUAAAUUUUUGUAUAGUGGUAUUUGUCACAAUGGGACACAAGUAAAUAUAAUGUUAAAAUGUAAUAAAAAAAUCAGAUAAUCUCA